CACACAACAGCUCAGCAAUACCAAUUUGACUUCCAGGAUGGAUGACCUAGCGCCUGCGUUGCAAAGGCUGCACCUUGCGGAUGCGCCCUCCGGAGGAAUUGAUGCCAUCCUUGAUCAGCAACGUCCGAGAAAGCGCGCACGAAGAUCGCCUGACCAGAUCCGCUCGAGUCUGGAGAAAGACUUUCUAGUGCCAUCUACAUCUUUUAGCACCCCAUGGCUCGAUCGUCUACAACAGAGAUGGGACUGCCCUACUAAUCAUGAGGAACUGUUCGAAUUGGCUCCCACACAAACUCGCACCAUCAUCAGAUUUACCCGCGAAGGUCUUGAGGGACGUGUCACUGGUUACAAGGAAGUCACUGUCCCUGCCAAUAGCGCUACAGCAAAGAACUCGACUUCAAUUUUGAGAAAGCCCGCAAACCGUGCAGAUUUUGUUCGCGGUGCCGCUGGAUUCUUCCCCUUCGCUCCCGGCGGUCUGGACGCAGUCGAGGCCACCGCUGCCGCUGAGGAACAACUGCUUCUCGGCAGCCAGACCAAUGGCACUGUCAAGCAAAGUGGUCUGGACAAGGUCAUCAACUUCGGAGCCGACGGAGCACUACUUGAGCUACCUCCUGGAUUUGCACGCGGCCUUGACCUGCAGAAGAAGACUCCUUCAGAUCAGGCUACUGCUCAGGAAGUCGAGACCGUGCUCGAAGAGGAGCCUCAGGACCCCAUGGCAGCCAAUGGCGACAUUGUCGAUGAGGCCAAGUCCGUCGACGAUGAGGAAGACGAAGGCGAGGAGGAAGAACUGGAUGCCCUUCUUCCAGUUGAGUUCCCGGCACUGGCAGCCAGAGGUCAACUUGGUCUGUCAAGCAAUAAGCGAUCCGGUCACGAAUGGGCGCACAUGGUGGACGUCAAUCGUCCAAUGCCAAACUUCCGUGACCUGGUACCAGAGAUGGCUCGUGAAUGGCCUUUCGAACCAGAUACUUUCCAGAAGGAAGCUAUCUACCAUUUGGAGAACGGCGAUUCUGUCUUUGUCGCCGCUCACACUUCUGCCGGAAAAACAGUUGUUGCAGAGUACGCCAUUGCAUUGGCAGCCAAACAUAUGACCAAAGCCAUCUACACUUCGCCUAUCAAGGCUUUGAGUAACCAGAAGUUUAGAGACUUCCGCCAAGAAUUUGACGAUGUUGGUAUUCUGACAGGUGAUGUGCAAAUACGUCCGGAAGCAAGCUGUCUGAUCAUGACUACGGAGAUUCUUCGAAGUAUGCUGUACCGCGGCGCUGAUAUUAUUCGCGACGUCGAGUUCGUCAUCUUCGAUGAAGUCCACUAUGUGAACGAUCUCGAAAGAGGUGUGGUCUGGGAAGAAGUCAUCAUCAUGCUGCCUGAGCACGUCACUCUGAUCUUGCUCUCUGCCACCGUUCCCAACACGCUAGAAUUUGCCUCCUGGGUUGGCCGCACCAAGAAGAAGAACAUUUAUGUCAUCUCUACACCCAAACGCCCUGUCCCUCUGGAGCAUUAUCUAUGGGCUGGCAAGGAGAUGUACAAAAUUGUCAAUGCCGACAAGCAGUUCAUCGAAAAAGGUUGGAAGGAUGCAAACGAUGUGUUGUCUGGCAAGGACAAGAUCAAGGCAGCCGAGGAGAAACAAGAAGCUGCUGCAGCUGCCGCUCGAGGCGGUGGCUCGCAGAGAGGUGGCCGUGGCCAAACGCAACGCGGUGGUCCCCAAAGAGGAGGUGCUCAGCGUGGUGGAGCUCAGCAACGCGGUCGUGGUGCACCUGCCCAGCGUGGUCAAGGUAAUAUCGCCCGUACUGGCCGCGGAGGCGGCAGAACAACAGCAGCUCAAGACCGCAACAUCUGGGUGCAUCUGAUUCAGCACUUGCGUAAAGAGGAUCUUCUUCCUGCAUGUAUCUUCGUGUUCUCGAAGAAGAGAUGUGAGGAGAAUGCAGAAGCUCUGUCAAAUCUGGACUACUGCACAGCAACCGAGAAGAGUCAGAUUCACAUGAUUCUGGAAAAGUCACUCGCUAGACUCAAGCCGGAUGACCGUCAGCUGCCCCAGAUUCGUCGUCUACGUGAGCUACUCAGCAGAGGUAUUGCAGUCCACCACGGUGGUAUGCUGCCAAUCGUUAAAGAGUGUGUCGAGAUUCUUUUUGCCAAGACCUUGGUCAAGGUUCUCUUUGCUACCGAGACCUUUGCUAUGGGUCUGAAUUUGCCAACCAGAACUGUUGUUUUCUCUGGCUACCGCAAGCAUGACGGACGCCAGUUCCGUGAUCUUUUGCCUGGCGAAUACACCCAGAUGGCUGGCAGAGCAGGAAGAAGAGGUCUUGAUCCUGUUGGAUCCGUCAUUAUUGUUGCACCCGGAGCCGACGAAGCACCACCUGCUGGUCGCCUGAGACAGAUGAUGUUGGGUGACCCGACCAAGCUUCGAUCACAGUUCAGACUCACCUACAACAUGAUUUUGAACCUUCUCCGUGUAGAAGCCCUCAAGAUCGAGGAAAUGAUCAAGCGUAGUUUCAGUGAGAACGCUACUCAAGCAUUGUUGCCCGAGCACGAACAGAAGGUCAAGCUGUCUGAAGCAGAUCUCGACAAGAUCAAGAGAGAGCCUUGCGAGAUUUGCGACAAAGACCUCGAAGCCUGUCACACCGCCGCCAUGAGAUAUCAGCAGCUCACCUCUGAUCUACACCUUGCUCUUCUUGGCUCACCUAUUGGAAGAAGAAUGCUUCACCCAAAGAGACUCGUCGUGUACAGGAGAGAUGGGAUCAGGACUGUCGGUGUGCUUCUCCGAGAGGGAGUUUCGAAGGGAAUCGCACCUAGUUUGUCGGUCUUGGAAGUGGUUCCUUCCAAGUCGAAGAGACAGAAUGCCGACUUGCUGCCUUACCUUCCUCGCUACCGACGUCGCUUUACCCCAUUGCCUGAAGCCCCUGAGCAAAUGAAGCUUAGACUCGCAACAGUACCAUACAGCGACCUUGAAUGCCUAACUUCAAGCACCUUGCAAUUCGAUGUUACAGGCGCUUCAAGCAAGAUGCCAGAAGCCAUGGAGCAAGUCAAGGAGCAACUGCUGGGCGCAUGUUCUAGUUGGACAUCGGCCACUUGGGAUGAAGCUGACUACUCUCGCAUCAAGGAGAUUGGAAUUCGCAACAUUUUAGAUGAGCGCAACAAGGCGGCAUAUGACGCUCAGGAGAACAAGGAAAGCCUUCUUUGUGAUAGCUUGGACAAGCACUUUGCCAUGAUGCACGACGAAUGGCUCAUCAAGGAGAACAUCAACCAGUUGCGCGCAUUGAUGUCGGAUCAGAACCUGCAAUUAUUACCUGAUUACGAGCAGCGUAUCGCAGUUCUGAAGGAUCUUGGGUUCGUCGACGAGAACUCUCGCGUCGAGCUCAAGGGCAAGGUCGCUUGUGAGAUUCACUCUGCUGAUGAACUCGUGUUGACCGAGUUGGUACUCGAAAACGUGCUUGCCGACUACGAACCAGAAGAAAUCGUGGCACUGCUCUCCGCCUUCGUAUUCCAAGAGAAGACCGAUCAGAUCCCAACUAUGACGCCUGCUCUCGAGCGUGGACAGGAGACUAUCAUCAAGAUCUCUGAGAAAGUCAACCACUACCAGACUCUUCACCAGGUCAUCCUGUCUGCAGAUGACUCCAACGACUUCGUGAGCAGACCUAGAUUUGGAUUGGUCGAGGUCAUCUACGAAUGGGCACGUGGCAUGUCUUUCAACCGCAUCACUGAUCUGACGGAUGUCAUGGAGGGUACUAUCGUGCGUGUAAUCACCCGCCUGGAUGAGACUUGCAGAGAGGUCAAGAACGCCGCCAGAAUCAUCGGUGACCCAACUCUGUUCACCAAGAUGCAAACUUGUCAGGAGAUGAUCAAGCGUGAUAUCUGUGCAACAGCAUCGCUGUACAUGUAGAAAAGAAGAAUAGCUUCGCUUUAAUACUACAAUUGCUCUUGACUCGCUGAUUUUUGACUCCAAAAUGCCGUUCUAUUGUAUGUGCCGUUUCCGCUCUAGUGACAGGGCAAGCUUC